AUGGUAGCUCGAGCCAACGGGAUCCAGGCACCCCGGAUGAUCCCACGCGACGUCCCCGGCAGAUGUGAGAGCUGUGUGGAGCUGCUGUUCGUCAGAGGGGCCGGCAACUGCCAGGAGUGCGAUACCCCCCUGCGGAAGAGCAACUUCAGGGUACAGCUCUUUGAGGAUCCUGCCAUUGACAAGGAAGUGGAAAUUCGGAAGAAGGUGCUGAAAAUAUACAAUAAAAGAGAGGAUGACUUUCCCAGUCUGAAUGAAUAUAAUGAUUUCCUGGAAGAAAUAGAAGAAAUUGUAUUUAACUUGACCAACAAUGUGGAUUUGGAGAACACCAAAAGGAAAAUGGAGAUGUACCAGAAGGAUAACAAAGAAGUCAUUCAGAAAAAUAAGAUAAAACUGACUCGGGAGCAGGAAGAGCUUGAGGAAGCUUUGGAGGUGGAACGGCAGGAAAACCAACAGAGGCGACUGCUCAUACAGAAGGAAGAGCAUCUACAGCAGAUGAUGAAAAGGAAGAAUAAACAGGCACUCUUGGAUGAACUGGAGAGCUCCAGUCUUCCGGCUUCCCUGCUUUUAGCUCAACAUAAGGAUAGGUCUACUCAGCUAGAAAUGCAAUUGGAAAAACCCAAAGCUGUCAAACCAGUCACAUUUUCCACUGGCAUCAAGAUGGGUCAGCAUAUUUCCUUAGCUCCCAUUCAGAAAUUAGAAGAAGCCUUAUACGAGUAUCAACCGCUGCAAGUGGAGACAUAUGGACCACAAGUUCCAGAGCUGGAAAUGCUGGGAAGGCUGGGGUACCUCACCCAUGUGCGAGCUGCCUCCCCGCAGGAUCUCGCCGGGGGCUACACGUCCUCUCUUGCUUGUCACCGAGCCUUGCAGGAUGCCUUCAGUGGCCUUCUGUGGCACCCCAGCUAGUGGCUGCGCCGCAGCCUCUCGUAAAGGGACACUGA